AUGCCAGCUUUCCGUAAUGUUCUUGAUCCCAAAAACUACGAUCCUGCAGAUAUAAUCGUGGCUGAUGUUGCGAUCAUUGGAGGUGGGUCCUCGGGCACUUAUGCCGCUAUCAAUCUGCGCGAAAUGGGCCAGAAUGUUGUGGUUGUGGAGAAAAAGAAACAUCUGGGUGGCCACACAAACACUUACAGGGAUCAUUCCACCAACGUCACGAUAGACUAUGGUGUGCAGGCAUUUCUGAACAGCAGCAUCACUCGUGAUUAUUUUGCUCACUUCGGAGUCCCGGUUGUGAACUACACUGGGUCCAACAAUAUCUUUUUAUUGGCAGACUUUAACACUGGGAAACCUCUUACUAUCAAUCCUAGCCGAGAUUUAACCGGUUGGGCUACCCAACUCGCCAAAUACCCUUGGCUGGACUCGACCUGGAAUGUCCCCCAGCCUGUUGCCGCAGAUCUUUUGUUGCCUCUGAGGGAUUUCCUCACGAAAUACAAUUUGUCCGAUGUUGCAUUCGCCAUAUACUUCGGCGCCCAGGGCCUUUCGAACCCUCUCCAGCAAUCCACAAUUGACGUGAUGAAGAUGGUAGAUCCAGCCUAUUUGUUUGAAAUGACCGGGAGUAGUUUAGGAACAGCACACCAAAAUAACGCCGAAAUUUACCUCAAGGCUCUCGCCGAACUGGGAUCCAACGCCCUUAUUCAUUCAGGGGUGACAGCUGCAACAAGGACGGAAAAAGGAAACGUGUCCCUAGCCGUCAAGACUCGCAAGGGGGCAAAACUCGUUCAAGCAUCGAAGGUUCUGAUAACCAUUCCACCAACUCUAGAAAACAUGAAGCCAUUUGACCUGAACCCGGAGGAGCGUCGGCUAUUUUCACAAUGGGACUACAAGGGAUAUUAUACCGUGCUCCUCAAUAAUACUGGUCUACCUUCUGGGUACCAGUGGAUCAACGCGAACUAUUCAGCCGUCACAUACAAUAUUCCUCAGCAGCCCUCUGCUUCACAAAUUACCAGUACCCGAAUUCCGGGCAUUUUCUACGUUUGGUACCGGAGCCCAUCCGAGAUGACUCGAGAGGAUGUGGAGAAGGCUGUUAUUCUGGCCAUUCAAAAUAUACAAACUGCGCAGAACUUGACUGUCACCACCCCCCAUAUCCUCAAGUUCAAAUCCCACACGCCGUUCAAACUAAGCGUUCCGGCCCAAGCUAUUAGAGAUGGUUUUUACAGCAACCUUUACUCACUGCAGGGGAAGCGCAGUACAUGGUAUACGGGAGCAGCUUUCAUCGCUCACAAUAGCGGUCUAGUGUGGAACUUUACUCAUGGCUUACUACCCCAAAUAGCUUCUGAUUAA